GGAUUUCGCACCUUCAGGCAUGGCGCGGGAGCAACACUUACAGUUAUUAACACCGUCAUCAAAAGACUUAAGAGCGGUCGCUAUUAACCGAAAUAACAGUUUAAACGCUAAUUCCCUGGAGGAAAUAGUCCUUGAAAAGGAGGAAAAGGUUCAAACUAAAGUAAUUAUUCGCUUCCGAGCUGUUGGGGAUGCCCCCAUUCUAAAGAAAAUUAAGUAUAAAGUUACCGCGGAAGACGAUUUUAAAACUAUUAUAAUAUUUCUUCGGUCUUUAUUGAAGUGCAGCUCUAGUGAAACCUUGUUUUUAUAUAUCAACCAAGCCUUUAGCCCUUCCCCCGACGAACCCAUUAAAAAUCUUUUUGAGAUGUUUGCCAAGGAUAACAAGCUUGACAUUUUCUACUGCAAGUCUCCGGCAUGGGGCUAAAUACACUUUUUGCAAGUGCUGUAUAAGAAAUUUGAAUU